AUGUACAAGACACUUCGACGGAAUGUCUUUGAUCUCAGUUUUCCUGGGGUCCCGCCUGAGCAGGUCACACAACCAAGUCCGAAUCCAUUAGAAGCUGCGCAAUAUGCUUGUGUCUAUUGGGUGGACCAUCUUCAGUGCGGUUGGUGUAAUGAAAACGAUGAUCUUAGCCUCGACGAAGGGGGGUGCCUGGAUAGUUUCCUACAGCAGAAAUAUCUACAUUGGCUCGAAGCCCUUAGCAUCCUGGGAAGCGUACCACAAGGUAUAGCUGCCAUGAUGAAGCUUGAGGGCUUUCUUCAGAAAUAA